AUGCCAGAGGCCGUGCACUACAUCCACCUGCACAACUUCAGCCGCUCGCUGCUGGAGACGCUCAAUGGGCAGCGCGUGGCCGGGCAGUUCUGCGACGUCACCGUGCGCAUCCGCGAGGCCUCGCUGCGCGCCCACCGCUGCGUGCUGGCCGCCGGCAGCCCCUUCUUCCACGACAAGCUGCUGCUGGGCCACUCCGCCAUCGAGGUGCCGCCAGUGGUGCCCUCGGCCGCCGUGCGCCAGCUCGUGGAGUUCCUGUACAGCGGCAGCCUGGUGGUGGCCCAGUCCGAGGCGCUGCACAUCCUCACGGCCGCCUCGGUGCUGCAGAUCAAGACGGUCAUCGACGAGUGCACGCAGAUCAUCUCGCAGGGCCGCGGCCCCGCCGCGCUGCCCCCUCCCCACAAGGUGCCGGGGCCGCCGCUGGUGCCGCCCCCGGAGCUCGAGGGGCUCUCAGAGCCGGUGCCGAGCGGCCACAGCCGCAAACAGCGGCAGCCGCUGCGCCUGGCGCCGCCGCUCAAGGAGGAGCGCGAGGACUUGGAGGAGGAGGAGGAGGAGGGAGAGGACGAAGGGGGGCCCCAGGAAGGGGUUGUCCCCCCAGGUGUAGCUCCCCCACCCUUCCCGGCUCCGGACCCCCCGUUUUUCGGCGCCCCCGAGGUUUUCCACGACACUUUCCUGCCUCCCUGGCCCAGCGACGACGGCAGCGGCUCCUUCGGGCCGGAGCGCGGCCGGGAGGCGCCUGGGGGGGACGGCUUCGGGUUUGGGCCCCCCCCACCUUUGCCACCGCCCUACGAGGGGGGCUUGGAGGGGGGCACUGUCCCCACAGCGCCCCCAGUGCCCCUGGCCGGGCCCGCCCGCGGCCCCCAGCCCCCCUACCAGUGUGGCCACUGCCAGAAGAGCUUCAGCUCCCGCAAGAACUACACCAAGCACAUGUUCAUCCACUCAGGUGAGAAGCCCCACCAGUGCUCCAUCUGCUGGCGCUCCUUCUCCCUCCGGGACUACCUGCUCAAGCACAUGGUGACCCACACAGGCGUCCGCGCCUUCCAGUGCGGCAUCUGCUGCAAGCGAUUCACCCAGAAGAGCUCCCUCAACGUCCACAUGCGCACGCACCGCCCCGAACGCUUUCAGUGCCGCCUCUGCACCAAGGGCUUCUCCCACCGCACCCUCCUGGAGCGCCACGCUGCCACCUCCCACCCUGUGCCCCCACCAGGACCGCCACCAGGGCCGCCGCCAGGGCCGCCGUUGGAACCUGGAUUGGGCACGUGGCCAGGGCCGGACGCUGCAGGUGCUGGCCCCGCUCACACAGCAUGA